UACCACAUUAUUUUGAUGAUUUGAAUGGCGCUGCGGUACUGUACUUACUUUUUCUACGGCGUGUUAAGAAAUACAGUACUUACUGGGUUUUUUCGCAGUGGCUUUACGAUGCCACUCGAAACUGACCAGUUUUGAGCACCAAAACGUUUGAUGCUGGAAACCGUUCCACCUCAUUCUGGUCUGCAUUUAAACAGUCAGUAUUACGGGAAGUAACGAGAUAUGGAUGCAGAUGGCAGUUCAUCGGAGACUCUGGACUCCUGUGAGGAUCAGCGGAAGAAGAAUGCAUACUGUUCUACCACAAACAGACUCUACUUAAGUCUGUGCCACAGUAUCGUCUGGAAUGUGUGCGAGCAUUACGAGAACAAAAUCCGCGAGAAGCAGGCUGCAGUCGCUGCACGGUUUCCCGGCACACCGGUUACGUCAUCCGGCGCAGAUGCAUCGAUAGUGCGUGGUGGUGCGAAUGUUAACGGUGAAUGUGCAGUUCCCGUGCAUUCGGAAACGGUCGAAAAAGCGGGAAUUGUGACUUCUGCUGAACCGGAUGUGGGAGAGCAUCAGUAUGAAGAUUUUGUGGGAUUAUUGAACGACGCUUUUUCGAAACACGAGGAACUAAGAAACGAUGCAACGGACCAAAAGGAAUUAUCCAACUGGCGCGCGAAUUAUGUGGAACAACACGGUGUUCUUACCGGUGCCAUGGAAAUCAACGCACAGUUAUGUCGUGAUCUUAUCGCCGCCAAAAAUCAGAAUAACACUUUGAAGAAACAGCUGGUUAACGACGCACAAGCCGUCCAGUGCGCCGAUGCCCAACAACGCCAGGAGCAUACACCGUUAUCUAAGCCCGACUCCGAUGCUAAUCUGUUGUCAGCUGGAGGUUCGAACGGUCAUGUUGAGGAUUGCGAGAAGGUCGAGCUUCGGAAAAAAUCGCGUUGCUUGAGGAAACGCUGGUGAAAAAAGA